AUGAGAUCAACCAUCAGCUUCAACGGCAGCACCGUGAACCACCAAACCUUUGUCCUUGUUGGCAUUCCUGGCAUGGAGGAGCGCAACUCUUGGAUGGCCUUCCCUCUCUGCCUGCUCUACGUCCUAACUCUCUUUGGAAAUGUUGUGAUCCUCUUUGUCAUCAAGACAGAGCAAAGCCUCCAUGAGCCCAUGUACCUCUUCCUCUCCAUCCUUGCCUGCUCGGACCUGGGCCUCGCCGUUUCUACCAUGCCAACAAUGCUGGGUGUUUACUGGUUCAACUCCAGAGAAAUCUCAUUCAAUGCCUGCAUCACUCAGAUGUUCUUCAUCCAUCUGUUUCAAUGGUUAGAAUCUGGCAUCCUUGUGGCAAUGGCUUUUGACCGCUUCAUUGCCAUAUGCAACCCCCUGAGAUACAGCUCUCUCCUCCAAAAUUCAGUAAUUGGGAAAAUUGGACUAGCCAUCUUGGCCAGAGGAUUCUGUGUCUGCUUCCCUGCCCCCUUCCUUAUUAAACGGCUACCCUUCUGUGCUCUCAAUGUGCUCUCUCACUCCUAUUGUCUCCACCAGGAUAUGAUGAAGUUGGCCUGUGCAGACACAAGAGUGAACAUGUUGUAUGGACUGAUCAUAGUCAUUUGUACGGUAUGUUUGGACCUCGUGAUCAUUCUUGUCUCGUACUUCCUGAUUCUGCAGACUGUCCUGAGCAUUGCCUCCCGUGAAGGACGUUCCAAGGCUCUGGACACCUGUGUCUCACAUAUCUGUGCCAUCUUGACUUUUUAUGUUCCAAUGAUUGGUAUCAGUGCAGUUCAUCGAUUUGCAAGACACCUCUCUCCCAUUGUUCACAUGAUGAUGGCCAACAUCUACAUUGUGGUCCCACCCGUUCUUAAUCCCAUUAUUUACAGUGUGAAAACACAACAGAUUCGGCAAAGGAUACUCAAAAUGUUCCAGCAAAACAAAUUCAGGAGUUAUCUGAACAACCAUCUUCUUUCCUGCCUGGGAGUUAAAAUCGCUGGGAGAGGACCUCCUAACUGUCCCGCCAAUUAA